AUGUCAGGCCAUUGUGUUCAUUGGCUAGUCCAUAACGGGUUCUGUUGUGAAUGCAAAUCUGCCGUGCACUGGUAUAAAGGUGAACUAAAGAAUUGCAGAAGGAUCAAAGAUCCGGAUUGUGAUCAUUCGAUGUCUUACCGUGGAUACUGUGCCAGGUGCUGUUGUAAAGUGGACGAAAGCGAUGGACAGUUAUUCAAUUACAUAUCCCAAGGUCACCAUCUAACCUACAAAUUCGUAGCUUCAAUGAAACGGAAGAGGUCUGGAAUCGGGUACGGGCAGAGGAAGCUUCACUUGGUUGUUGACUUGCAGCACGUGCUUCUACACUCCCGCCUCUCCAAGGAUGAUGAUGAUGGUGUUUUGGUUAAGUUACGUCCUUUCGCUCGGGAAUUUCUCCGUGAGGCAAACGAGCUCUUUACAAUCUAUGCCUACACCAAAUCGGAUCCAAAGCAAGCCCGACAUUGUGUCAAAUCGGGUGUGACUCGACCUAAUGAUGCCUUUCUUCAACCUUUCAGUAAUCUCGCCGAUGGCUUAUCCUUGAGCCAUGAAUUUGUAGGGUCUUUGAAGAGCCGUGUUUCCAGAAACUCGUUACAGGAGAAGAAGCUACACUUGGUUCUCAGUUUGAGCGGUACACUUUUCGACACUCAGACUUUCCCACGUCUUUCUAACAAGGAGAAGUAUCUAAAAGGUAAAGUCAAUUCGAGGGAUGAUCUUGAUUUGUGGCAAACCAGAAUCUUUGGUCGCGAGGUCCUGGUAAAGUUGCGGUCUUUUGUUCGCGAGUUCUUGCGCGAAGCUAAUAAGUUGUUUAUAUUGCACGUCCACACUCUUUGUAUCCCCGAGUAUGCUGAUUUUGUGCUCAAGUUGAUUGAUCCGCAUCAAGUGUAUUUCGGGAAUCGUAUCAUUAGUGUUAGCAAACACGUCAUGUGGGAGAAGGCACUUGAUGUAGUCUUGGUCGGCGAACGCCAGGUGGUUAUCCUCGACGAUAGAUACGACGUUUGGUGCCAGGAGAACAGGUCAAACUUGCUGCAGAUCACAACUUACUCUUAUUUCAAAGCAACUAAAGAAAGGAACAGCCUCGCUGCUGGAGGAGGCAUGUUCAAGAACCUUUUCAAGUUUCUUCUCAAGAUGUUUUCAAGAGAUGAUGAUCUACUCUCGGAUUCAUCAGCAUCUUACUCUGAAGAGAGAAAAGAUGAGAGUGUUGAUGAUGGAGCACUGGCGAAUGCUCUGAGUUUUCUCUCCAAGAUUCACCACUCCUUCUUUAACCAUCACUAUAAUGAAGACGAUAUUUAUAAGAGAGAUGUGAGAAUUUUCCUUCAUUCCUGA